AUGGUCGAUGUUGGACAGUCCUUGCGGUACCACCCUAACUCGGGUGGACACCAUGUAUUCGACCUGAACCUAGCUUUGAUUAUUGUUUCGACAUUGCUGGUCUCUCUCCGUCUGCUCACACGGAAGAUCAUAGUAAAAGCUCUAGGCUGGGAUGAUUUCCUUGCAAUAGUAGCUUGGGCCUUGUGUGUCACACUCUCGGCACUUGAAAUGGACACGACCAACUAUGGCACCGGGGCUCAGAUCGAAGAUGUUCCUCGGCCGACGCUGCUUCAGUUCUUUAAGAGGCUUUCCAUCAUGGAGUUGGUCUACUUCCUCGCUUCUGGUGCAGUACGCCUGUCCAUAUUAGCGUUUCUUCCACGCUUAAGCAAGAAUAAGAUAUAUACCUGGAGCAUAUACGCCCUUGAUGCUAUUGUAAUCAUAGUCAGUCUGUCGGGGUUCUUCUUCGUCUUGACGGAAUGCUCGCAGAUACCUGAUGUAUUCAAUUAUUCCAGCACAUGGCGCCAAUGUAGAGACAAACGCGAAGAACGAUCGAUGAUGCUGGGCCAUGCCAUUAUCUGCAUCUUUGUUGAUUGUAUGCUGGUCGUCCUUCCGCUAUGUGUCGUGACGAAUUACGUCAAAAUGGGCGUCAAGGCCAUACAGAUCUUGCUGGUUUUUUCUCUGGGAAUCUUUGCUGUCGUUACUGGGAUCGUUCGAUUUUCCAUUAUCGUCACGACGGACUUCGGUGUAAACACGACGUACAAGAUGCUCACUGUAGCUGUAUGGACCGACGCUGAGCUCCAUGUUGGUCUCUGGGUCGGCUUAUUUGGAUAUCCCGCAAGAUUCGCACCCGGCAAUAUUGGACCGCUCUGGACUGCCCUCUUCUACGGAGUUACCGUGAGCAAUAUCGCCAUCCAUCUCGCCUGGUUAGCCGCGCUCCAUCCAAUUUUCUCUUCGCUCCCGAUAGACCGCAGGCGUCUUUCAGCAUUUCUUCACAAAUACUUCAUGCUCAGCUCAAGUAACCCCCGACUCCUCACCUUCUUUACCUCGGCCUUUAGUCACAUCCAGCCUUUACACCUCUUCGUCAACAUGUCAACAUACAAAACUUAUGUCGAGUCGUUUUAUUUACUCAGUGUAUCGCCGCUACGAUUCAUUGUACUGUCCCUCGGGAGUGCAAUCACCGCUUGCCUUUGCCACAUUUUCAAUGCCAGGAGAAGACGGGGAGCAAAUAACAAUGCCGAAAGGACGGCUGUUGGAGCAAGCGGAGCCUUGACUGGUCUCGGCACAGCUCUGGCGUUAAUGUUUCCCACGAUGAAGGUCCGCCUUUCCGGGACAAACCAGGUUCUACCCUUGCGCCUUGUUGUCUUGGGAAUGUUUGCCGUGGACGCCUAUUGUCUGAGUACCGAGCGAGACACAGGAGUGGGACAUGCCGGACACCUCGGAGGCGCAGCUUUUGGCUUAGCAUACUUCUUCUGGAGGAAAGCAACGGGGGCUUUUACUUUGUAA